CCGAAAGCACUUUUGUGGUUGUAUGCGUUGCAAUAUAGCAGUGGUAUUUAAGAAUUUUUCUGAUUUUUGGUAUAAAUAUCUGAGUCGGUUGUUGAUAGAAGGCAUAACAACAUUUGCUGUUAACAUUGAAAAACCUCAACUCAAACCAAAAUGUUCAAAUUGAUCGUUGCUCUGUCUGCUCUCUGCGCUGUUGCCUCCGCUGGCUACAUUGGUGGCUAUGGACUCGGCGGACAUGGUGGUUAUGGACUAAGCGGACUGGGCUAUGGCGGUUACAGUGGUAUUGUUGCACCAGCAUAUCACGCACCCGCCCUUGUGGCAUCCGCACCAAUUGUGAAGACCUACAGCGCACCCAUCGUAGCUGCCCCUGUGGUGAAGACCAUCGCUCCUUUGGCUACAUCAUACGCCAACACAUACAAAGUGGCCACCAAGGCGAUCCCUGUAGUGCAUGCCGCCCCUGCUGUGGUGCACGCUGCUCCAGCUGUAUAUGCCGCGCCCGCCUAUCACACCGCCUCCACCUACCACGGUUCCUUGGGAGGUUACGGUCUGAACUACGGUUAUGGUCAUGGUUAUUUGCAUUAAGUGUUUAAGGAUUGAUAUGGACUAAGUCGAACCAGGAUAUGAAAAAGGCAAAUGAGCUCCCAGUCAACAUACUCUUGAAGAUUGCUACAGAUAUAGGUUUAAAGAUCGAUAAGUGACCCGAGCAUCGUAUAUACUAAUUAUAGUUAAACAUUCCAUGAAACGCUGUUAUAAUCAUUACCAUAAAAUCCUUUUCA